AUUAUGGGUGGAUGUAGCUUCCCGAAUUGUCACAACAGCAGCGAGAAAGGUUUCAAAGUUAUGCGGUUUCCUAGGUGCAUUGAUAUCAGGAACAAGUGGGUAACAGCUUGCAAAAUUUUGAAACCCAUUAAUGAAAAUUCUCGGCUGUGUGAGGGUCAUUUUAGAUUGGAAAUUUCACCAAAUGAGAAUAUUCAAGACUGCGAAGAAGUUUUUCCUGGAACCUCAUACCAUUCUAACCAGCCAAGUGAUAAUUUUGAAAAGUCACCGCGAGAAUUACUCUUGGAGCAACAAAUCAACGAGCUUCUCAAGGAGAAUACAGCAUUAAAAAAAAAGGUUUCUCACAUGGCUGAAAAAUCAACUACGCUAGAUACUAACUUAAAAAAGUUUUUGAAUCCAGAUCAGCUGUUAUUUUUAAAAAGUAAUGCUUCUACGAAUUCUAAACCUUGGUCAGAGGAAACCAUCAAAAAAGGUUUAAGAAUUCGAUUACUGAUGGGUACUAAAGCUUAUAAAAGCUUAAGGGAUAUCGAAGGAUUUCCUUUGCCUGCGUUUUCUACACUUUACAGUAGACUAUCAGGUUUCAACUUUGCUCCUGGAACUUUCCAUAGCAUUAUUGAAUGGCUAGGGAUGAAGAUUCGACAGCAACAAGAUGAAACUGCUCAUUAUUGUGUGCUGGCCUUGGAUGAAAUGUCUAUCCAUCCAGCUGUUGAGUAUGAUCGGGGCCUCGGUAAUUUCAUUGGAUUAGUAACUCCGGAGUUAGCGAGAGACUCAAAUGAGGCUGAUACAAUGGCUUCUCACGCGAUUGCAUUUGUAGCUCGUGGCUUAACUAGUCAUUGGAAACAAUUAGUUGGCUAUGCGUUGACUGGAAAAUCAGUGACCUCUAAAUGUCUCUGGAAUUACGUGCAAGAAAUCAUAAGAGAGCUGUAUCAACAGGACAUUAUUGUCAAAUGCAUCUCAACGGAUGAAGGACCUACUAAUGUUGGUAUGUGGACUCUGAACAGCAUUACCUCUAGCCGUUAUUUGAUUAAUUCUUCUAGUCAGCAUCCAUCAAACCCUGAUGAACUUCUUCAUUGGACUUCUGAUGUUCCGCACGUCCUGAAACGCAUUUGGUCUCAAUUGUUGAAGACGAAGUUCAUUCUUAGCGGGCCUAUUGUCCAAGCAAACAAUUUACCAUCGUCUGAAGUUGAUAUUGCGCAUGUUCGGCAACUAGUAGAAUCGCAAUCACUCGGUGGGCCUGUGUUAGUUACUGGUGUUACUGCUGCAAUUCUAGAUCCAUCGCAAUUUGAUAAAAUGCAUGUUGGACUGGCUAAAAAAAUUUUGAGUGAAGAAAUGGGACGUGCAUUGAUGUUUUCUGCUCAGACUGGUUAUCUUCCGCAAGAAGCUAUGACAACCAGUUGGUUUAUUUUAUUAUGCAGCCAGUGGUAUGAUUUGAUGGUUUGUCGCCAUAAAAGUCAUUCUCUUGGAAGUGAUGAAUCUUCUUUAGAACGUGUUGAGUUUCUUCAAAGCUUCAUUGAGAGUAUCAAAGAUCUACAAUUUACAACCAAUAACAAAUGGAAACCUAUUCAACGAGGGAUAAUUCUUGUUACAACGACAGCGUUAAAUUUACGUAAAGAUCUGGUUUUAUCAGGAAAAUUUCAGUAUCUUCUUACGGGAUGUCUAACUUCAAGUUCUGUGGAAAACUUAUUUUCUCAGAUCCGAGCUGGUGGUGAUAUUCACCCAAAACCUCGUCAACUGCGGUACCGAAUGCGCUUAGUCGCUGUUGCUCAGUAUUUACGAGUUCCGUCAUCUGCAUCUUAUGAAGACGAUGAUGAGCCUUAUUAUUUGGAAUUUUUAAAACAGAAAAAGGAUGAACUUCGUACUACUGAUGAUGAAAAAACACUCGAUGCAAUUGAAAUGCCAAAUAGUUGUGUACUGUCAGCAAUCCAGGAGUACGGACUUUAUUACCUUUCUGGAUGGGCGGUAUUUGUAUCAGCCAACGGUUGCGAGGCUUGUGAAACAGCAACUAUUUCUUUAGAACCAUUGUCCAAU